AGAAAUGCUGCGAAUAGUUGCAAUGAAAUAACAAAUGCGGUCAGAUCAGUCUAUAAGGGUAUUUUACAGUAGAUCAACGGAAUAAACCGCCGAAAUGACAUCAACAUACCAUUCGAUUAAGCCAAUGUAGUUUAUCAUGAGAAAUAGGUCUAAUGCAACAACAAAAAACACAUAUGUAAAAGCAAAUCUUCCAGAAAAGCGAAGAACAAUCUAAACAUGGCUCUUUGACACCUGGCGGACGGAAGGUGCAACAACAGCAGACGGUUUUCCCUACAGCCGCAUUCUACAAGCCACGAGAGGAAAAGAGGAGUGACUUGCACAGUUUUGAAAGCAAGCAGGGAAAAUGGCAGACGCCGAGGACGAGAAGCUGCCGUCCGGGUGGGAAAAGCGGAUGAGCCGCAGUUCGAGUAGAGUGUACUACUUUAACCACAUCACCAAUGCCAGCCAGUGGGAGCGUCCUGUGGGGUCAGGUGAUGGGAGUGGCGAGCCAGACAAGGUGCGUUGUUCCCACCUCCUGGUGAAGCACAGCCAAUCGCGUCGCCCGUCCUCCUGGAGGGAGGAGAACAUCACACGCUCCAAAGACGAGGCCCUCGACCUCAUACAGAAGUACAUAGAGCAGAUGCAGUCAGGAGAGGAGGAGUUUGAGGCUCUGGCCUCUCAGUUCAGUGACUGCAGCUCCGCACGCAACGGAGGAGACCUGGGACUGUUCGGCAGAGGUCAGAUGCAGAAGCCGUUUGAGGAUGCGUCCUUUGCUCUGAAGGUGGGAGACAUGAGUGGUCCGGUGUUCACCGAUUCCGGAGUUCACGUCAUCCUUCGCACGGGAUAGAAACAAGCUCUGACCCCUUGAAUACCCCUUGAAUACCCCCAUCUCCCCUUGAAUACCCCCGUCUCCCCCUGAAUACCCCCGUCUCCCCCUGAAUACCCCCGUCUCCCCCUGAAUACCCCCGUCUCCCCCUGAAUACCCCCGUCUCCCCCUGAAUACCCCCGUCUGCCCCCUGAAUACCCCCGUCUGCCCCCUGAAUACCCUCGUCUGCCCCCUGAAUACCCUCGUCUGCCCCCUGAAUACCCCCGUCUGCCCCCUGAAUACCCCCGUCGCCCCCAUCCACCCCUCCUACCUCCAACCUCCCUACUCCCAUUAGAAGCCAUCCCUUCCACCUCAAAUCCCCCCCACCCCCACCACCGUUCUGUUCUAUAUGCAACUUUACACCAUCAACAUCCCUUGUACCUGUUGCCAUGGCUACAUCGCUGUGUGUGUGUGAAAAUAAGAGCCCUGUAGGUACUGACUGACUGAGCGAACGUACGUACGUGUGUGUGUGUGUUCACAUGGACCAUUACCCCUCCUCCCCCUACUUUAUAGUGUCCCCUCUCUGUUUGCCAAGGCAUUAUUCUCUCAGUGAUAACAUGUCAGAUGGUUUGUGGUAGACCAGUGGCCCAUACUCUCUCAUAGGAGACCGACAUGUAGAAGGCUGACUCAUGGGAUUAUUUAAACGGCUACCAACAUCCCUUAGGUGGUAAAAUAGUCAGGGCACAGGCCACUGUCUGCCAUGUUUGUAGUCUCCACCCCAUUCCAUUUACUGCUUCACUGUAUCUCCUAUGUUCCAAGGAACUACAAUACCCAGUAUGCAUGUGGGGAAGGGUUUUUGUAAGCUUGAAUCUGCUAAGAGGCACUUCAUAUGAUCUGUUCAUCUCCCACCAUUAAAGGACUCUUAUUUUGUAAA